CGAAGAAGCAAGUCUUUAUUUUGAGUUUUGAUAGGUGAGUCAUUCAUUCUCCGUUUUCCGAUUCCUGUGGUGUGUAUCAACCUUCUGGAAUCUUCCACCUUUUACAAUACAUGCUUUCGUUCCCUACAAUGUGUAACGCUGCUAUUGUGGGAUAAUCACUCGGCCUCCAUUUUCUUUCUUUCUUUAUUGUUCUUUAUGAAGCUGCCUACACAUUGAUUUUAUUCGCGCAUCAAAUAGCGUUCGCAUCUUCAUUUGUUUCUCGUUAGCAUGUAAUUGGUGACAAUCUCAUCCCAUGUUUGAAGGUGAGAACAAAUUCUCAGGGGGAUGGCCACUUCUUCGGUUGUGGAUGAAUUUGAUGAAUCCAUGAAGAAACAGAUAUCAUCCCUUUUGCGGGUUAUGAGUUUAGUUAAAUCCUUCAAAGAGGAUAACACGCCUUGCAAAAUUGACGAGGGUUUGUUUUUAGGUUCCAUUGGCACUGCAGCUAACAAGAAUGCAUUGAAAAGCUUGAAUGUUACUCACAUUCUGACUGUUGCUGGUAAACUGCCACCUACAAAUCCUGGGGAUUUUGUCUAUAAAGUAAUCAACGUUGCUGACAGAGAUGACGUUGACUUGAAACAAUACUUCAAUCAGUGCUUUGAUUUUAUUGAGGAUGCCAAAAUGCAUGGUGGAGGUGUUUUGGUUCACUGUUUUGCAGGAAAAUCAAGGAGUGUGACUGUGGUUGUUGCGUAUCUGAUGAAGACUCGUGGAAUGAGCUUAUCAGAAGCUCUGCAGCAUGUAAAGAGUAGACGACCACUGGCAUCUCCAAAUCCUGGAUUCAUCCGUCAGCUGGAAGACUUUGAAAAAUCGCUUCAAGUUACAAAUUGAAAGUGGAUAGAAUGGACAUCGCAUUGGUUGGAUCUCAUUUGUUUUGGGAAGACAUUGAAGUGUCCUGAACUUGAUGAUGUGAUAUCUCAAGAUAGAGUAGAGAAGAUGUUUACUGUAAAUAGCAAUCACAUGAACACAAGGCCGGGUCUAGAAAAGAGAAGUGAUUCACUCUAAAUUGCUGGAACUACAACUUCAUAUUCAUAUUUCUAUUCAGGUAUGCAAGUCCCAUUUGAGAAGAUGGAUUCUGGUUACGUUCAUCAGCCUAUUCAUUUUCCAUGAAAUCUUAGAAUACAGUCUACUUUUUGCUCUUUCCAUCCGAUUGCUUUGAGCUUACAGAAGAGAAUAAUACAAGUUUUCUCACUAUUUCUGGUUUAUAUUCACAAGACGCGUCUUUAGAUUUCUGUGUCUUACAUUUAAAGUACAAAAUCAGUCUCCAUUUAAAUUUAAAACAAAACACACCCAAAACAGAAAUAACAAACCUAUUUCAAAACGAAAUCAAAAUUAAAAUAACAAACUCAAAUUAAAAAUCAAAUUACAUAAAAAAAAACCUUUUUUUCUUUCACAUAUGUACCCCUGCCUCCUAUUAUCUUUCUUGUUUCACUAUUCCGUUACUUCCCCCACAAUGAUUGAUCCCCUUAGAGACUGGAAAUGUGAUGGAGUAGUGAAACAAUAAAAAAAGUAAUGGGGGCAG